UGCCCACGGUCUUAGACGUAUUUCUUGGCGCGCUGUCAACGGUCACACUGCUGGCGGUGGUUUGUUUUAAUUUUAGUUAGUUGCUUGUUUUAAAAGACAGCCGCCCGAGGGCCUCCCCGACCACCGACUCCCCGGAGCUACCGAUGGACUACCAAUACUACGACGAGGAGAGCGACUACAUCGACGUGGACGAUGCGGACGAGGACGUGGACAUGGAAGACGACGACCCAUCACCCUUCCGGCAGAGGGAGGAGGACUACUACGCGGAGGAUGGGAUCCAGCUGCCAGAUGGCUACCUGGAGAGCCUGCGCUCCUGUGCCCAGCCCUCCCUCCUGCAGGUCGUCCAGUAUGUGGCUCCCAUGCUGAUGGUCUGUCUGGGCUGUCGCAUCCUCUGCUCCGUUCAUGCUGCCAGGAGGAAGCUACAGCCCGGCGAGGCCACCUCCUCGGGCAGCAGCUCCAUCCCCCUCCACUUGAUCCACCUGGCCAGUGGCCUGAUGCUCCUGUACUUAAUUUCAAGCCAUAGACUUGGCCUCAUCCUGCUGCUCUCGGGCGUGGGCUAUGUCCUGCUCCAGCUGGUCCGCCUGGGCAGGCGGGGAGCCGCCAUCCUGGCCUGUGUGACCAUCGGGAGUCAGUUCAUCUACGAGCUGCUCAUCUGGCGGCAGAGGAGCGACUGGUCGCAGCUCCGAGGCAUCCAAAUGGUGGUCAACAUGAAGCUGAUCUCGCUGGGAUUCGAUCUCACCGAUCUCGGAGCGACCAAGUCCAGGAGCAUUCGAGUUCCCAAUCCUCUGGUCUACUUGGGAUACAUCUAUUCUCCGGCCACCUGCUGCCUCGGGCCGUGGGUCAGUUUCGCCACCUACCUGGACAGUCUGGUGCCCAGGAGUCGAUGGGUGGUGACCCUCCGCCGGCUGAUUCCCAACCUGGUGCUCUGCGUCAUCGCCCUGGUGGUCUCCAACUGCAUAGCCCCGUUCCUGGGCGAGGUGUUCGCCACCAUGUCGCACUUCCUGGGCAUGUACUUCGAGGCGAUGAGCGUCCGGAGCAGCCACUACUUUGUCAGCUUCAUAGUCCAGGCCCUCCUGGUGGCCUGCGACCAGGGCACGGAGAACGAGUCGCCACUAAUGGGGCCACUGGUCACCCAGCCGUGGCGCAUCGAAUGGCCCAGAUCCAUCAGUUCCCUGGUGCGGAGCUGGAACGUUCCCAUGCACGAGUGGCUGAAGCGGUACGUCUAUGGGCCGUGGAAGCAGGAGGGCGGCUCCUCCAAGGCACGCACCAUCCUGGCCGUGCUCUGUACUUAUCUGGUGUCCAGCCUGCUGCACGGCAUGGAUCUCCGCAUCUACCUGGUGCUCAUCUCACUGGCCAUCUUCGGCGAGGGGGAAGUCCUCCUGAGGCGUCAUCUGUCCAGUGUCCUGGACGCCUGCUUGUCGGCGAAUCGCUGCCAGGGAAGGGAUCGGUGUCGCUACACAAACUGUCCCUCGAAGAGGAACUGGCUCUCCUUCCGAUCCUUCCUCAUUCGGCUGGCCAAUCUGGGCUUCACCGUCCUGACCAUCUUCCAUCUGGCGUACUUGGGCGUGGUGCUGUUGGGCGAGUCCUUGGAGUCCGGUGAGGGGAAUGAGUCCUUCCUGGAUCACUGGCAGCGGGCAGGAUAUCUCAGUCACUACAUCGGCGUGGGCACCUUCGUCCUCUACCUCUUCAUCUCGUGAAGAGCCCCGCCAGCGAUCUCCGGAGGCAUCUCGAAUCGAAAUCUCCACCACAUGACUGAUCUACUUGUAGUCGUAGCCUGUAAUUGGUAUUCGCUUCCUGCUUUUCUACUUUUGUAUCUUUGUAUCUUUGUAUCUCGUAUCUCGUAGUUGGUGUAUCUAGUGUGCUUGUGCUUAAAAAUUAAACGAUUCUGUGAAACGGA